AUGGAUGAAAUAGCUUUUGGGUAUCCCAAGUUUAAGGAGCUUGAUAUCAACUACUGUUAUGAAAUGUCUCACAAGUCUUUGGCAACAUUCAGAUCGCAUUGUCCUAACUUGCAAAUUAGUAGGCGGAAUCUGAUGAAUUGGUUGGAUCCUUUCCGACAUGCUGGAUAUGUUCCAAAUGAGUAUCUAAAGGCCUGUCCCCAGGCUAGGAAUUCAAUUUGCAAAUUGAACUUCGGGUCUCCCAAGUUGACAAUCAAAGGGCUUGCUCUGAUAUCUGAAGGAUGUAUCUGGACCUCGAGCACGUUGAUCUAUCUAGAAUUGCGAAUGUGA